AUGGGAUUUCUUGUGCAGAACGUCAUCCCCAUGACUGCGUGGCGAGACAAGAGCCCAUUGUCCAUGCACAUUUUAGAGCUGGAAAAUGUCCCCCAAAGCCACAAAAUACUCGACCUGAAGAGCCUCUAUUAUAUUAAAACAAAAGUGGAGCCAUACAAGACUCGGACCGUCCCGCCUCAGUGCGCGCGGUGCCAGCAAUUCUACCACGUGGCGGCCAGCUGUCAGGCCCCUCCGGCCUGCGGCUACUGCUCCGGGAGUCAUUGCUCAUGGGAGUGCACGGCCCGACUCGAGCCGGAUUUCAUCCCAACUUGCGCCCUUUGCAAGAUCGGCGACCACAGCCCCAGAUUCCGGGGCUGCCCAUUUUUCCAGUCCCUUAUGGAUAAAGAGGGCAGGCUCAACCAGAAGAAGGCCACGGGUAAACCCCCCAACGCUGGUCCUGUCCGACAGCCAGCCCUCCCCAGACCCCCAAGUUAUAACAACAGAAACUUUCCGGCCAUGCGUGUGACCAACGCCUGGAACAGACCACUGGUCUUCGGCACCCAAACGGGUACGCCGACGCAUACAUCUUUCGUGCAGCCAUCAAAUAUUCCUUUCCACUGCCAAUUUAUUCCGAACCAAGUGCACUCUCCUGCCGCACAACCCAGGAAUCUGGACCCACGGACCCCCAACCCCUCUCACAGAACCUGCUCACCCCGCGGCUCUAACUUGGCUCAGUUGCCCCAGUACUCCGAGGAAAAUCCCGAACCACAACAGCCCUCUCGCAGAACCCCUUCUCCUUCUUCAGAAGUGGAGAGAGACGGGAUUACAACGAACAUUUCCCAAUCGGCCGCACCUAAAAGGACAAAGACCAGACCCGACACACCGACUCACCCCCACAGACAAGGACAAAAGCGUACCGAAACGGGACCCCAGUCACUGCCUGACCUUCGUCCGCCAGCACAGACAAACAGCCGGAUCCCGUUGCCACGUCAGCAGCGCUUAGGAAACUCCUACACCGACCGCCAAACCAGAGACUUUGUCAAUAUAGUCAGGUCGUUCAAUCCUUCUUUCUCUUUCCAGUGCCUCCUCCAAUCACUAACAGCCAUGCUCUUUCAGUUUGCCCAACAUCCCUACGAAAGUGCCCUCCCUGUCAUCUUCAACACCUUCCUAACCCAAUUGCUCGGCAUCAAUUAUGGCUUCCCUGUCUAA